AACAUAAGGUAAUUAUUGUUGGUCUGGAUAAUGCUGGAAAGACAACAAUUUUGUAUCAGUUUUUGAUGAAUGAAGUUGUCCACACCUCUCCUACUAUUGGUAGCAAUGUUGAAGAAAUUGUUUGUAAGAAAACGCGUUUUGUAAUGUGGGACAUAGGUGGACAAGAUUCAUUACGAUCAUCAUGGACCACAUACUAUGCAAACUGCGAUUUUGUCAUAUUGGUUGUGGAUAGUACAGACAGAGAAAGACUACAUAUAUCGAAGAAUGAACUUUACACAAUGCUUCAAAAUGAGGAUCUCAAAAAAUCAAGGUUGUUGGUACUUGCAAACAAACAAGACAUUAAAGGGAGGAUGUCCGCAGCUGAAAUUUCAGAACAACUUAAACUAACCUCAUUGAAGGAUCACACAUGGCAAAUACAAGCAUGCUGUGCUCUUACUGGAGAAGGGUUGUCUCAAUGUCUUGAAUGGAUGCUGACGCAAACUGGAAGAUAACAACAACUGUAAAGUGGCUUGUGGUUUCAGCUGGCCCAAGGAGUUUUAAUAAAUGUUAGCCUACUGAAUGGCAUAGGGAGAACUGUAGGAUUUAGUCGUUUAAAAUGGGUACAAAGUCUUUGAGUCAUUGCCAUAUAUUUUAUAGUUUACUUGCAUUGUUUGACCAAACGCCUUUCUUUAAAAGUAUGUUAAAUGAUUGUUGUAAUUUUAUUUCACUAUCUUUUACUCUUAAAUAAUAAAAAACUAUUUUAGAAUAUAAUGCUCCUAGGUGUUGUAACGAAUUGUUAACAAUAUUUCACCUAAAAAUAUAUUUAAUCACGUAAAGAUACGAUGUAACUGUUAUAAAUUCUGUGUUGUUGGGCACGAAGUUGCCUUAAAGAA